GCUGCUUUCGAGCUGUAGGUUUAUGGGUUUGGUAAAACUAGCAAUGAGUUAUCACGUAGUUUUUCCAUUUCAUAGACAGUGUUUUACUCUCAUAGACUGUUACAGUUCACGCAUUUUUAAAUGCAUCCUAAGCGAUUUUACAUCAUUUGUGGUUCCUCACAAAAUGCAUCUGAACCCAGUUGAAAGACAAACAUCGCUAAAGUGGGCAAUUUCGAUCGGUUGAGGCAUGGCCGAUAGGUGAGUGAAAUGCGACCUAAGGUGCCGACUACUCUCGUUUCACCUGCUUUUCCCUAUUUUUCUGUAAUUUUCAUUACCCACCUUUACUCUUUCUACACACGUUUUCAACGGACAAAGUAUCCCAAGCUUACUAUAAUGCUGAAUUAAAUCUCAACAAUUCUGGAACAACUCUAAAAUUCUAUACUGAUUAAAUUCUGAAUCCGUUCUGAAAUGGUUUGUUUAUGUACACAGACUAGAACUCAGUGUUGUUUUUCAGCAAGACUGGCACCAAUUCAGCACACUGUUCUUCUUCUAGGAGUAGAUCAGAAGCCAAUGGGUUCCCUUAUCAGCGUCGUUUCAGGCUGUAAAGCACGUACUCAGCACUGAACACCAAAUGAAUUUGUUGACGGUAUUAAUUUAUGAAAUUUGUUGGAAAAUUACAUAUUUUUUCUGCGAUAAUAACUUCAUGUCGCAUAAGAUAAAUAGUUUAGACAUUUCCAUCACGGUAAUUACAGAAUAGAGUUUAAGCUUAAAUUGAAUUCUGUAAAUCAAAUAAAUUCAUGAAAAAUUUUUCAUACUUAUUUGUUCUAAAUUUUUCUACGAUUACCUGCGUAAUUAAUCUGAUUUCUCAUCUUUGCAUAGUCAUAAAGUUCGUAUUCUCCAACUUAAUCUUUUCUUUCAUCAAUUCAGGCCUGUUCUGUACUAAUUAAUAUGGUGUAUAACCUCUAUUUAAACUUGAACAUCUACCAUAUCUUACAGAUUCAAAUGGUGUCAAACAGCUUGCCAACUUACAAUAGUCCAUCGCGUCAUUUCUAAUGUAAUUUGAGAAAUUCACAUUGACAAUAUGAUAUUCUGAGUCACUUGAUUUAUUAUAUUGCUAAGUGAAGUUUGUGAAGUCUAGUUUGCGAGGUUUGCGAAAGGUUUAAGAAUACGUUGAAUAAAAUAAAUGAUUAAUGUAGAGACUAAGAAAGGAUCAGUUACAUAGUUCUGUGGAAGACAUUAAUUAAGGAUCAUCGAUCUUAAAUACCAUUCUUUUUCUUCGAUUUACUAAAAGUAUAAACUUUGUAAUUGUUAUUAUAAUAUUUGAAAGUGUACGAUGCAUAGGCUUUAAAUGUCAGGUUUAUUGGUAGAUGCAAAAUUUAUUUCGUAAUCGCUAAGUAACGGUGACUGAAGAGUCUGGAGUCAUGUAACCAAGACUUUUCAAACAUUCUUUGUUAGCGUCCUAAAAUCACUCACAUAUAUUAAAUAUACCUUUAUUUUACCCGACUUGCUAAUGUAUGGCUAAGUAGUUUUUAUGCCUACUCAACUAAAUAUUCUGAAAAUGUAUUUCUGGAUGCAGUUUAAUAGGUUUUAAAUCUCCUUUACUUACAUUUUAAUUAAUCCAAUAUUUAAGCAAAUAAGGGGUGCAAGCUUCUAUCUUUCAACCUUGUUUAUAACCAGCAAAUGAAUCACUGAUUGCUAAAUAAACUAGUUGACUUUUUAACUGUUAGUGAGAAUAGCUUCCUUGUAACAAAAUUUUGAAGUCUGUGCAUGCAUUCUGUGGCCUUUUGAGAACACAUUUUUGUACAUUUUAUCUUCGCCUUCAUGUUUUGUAUUAUUUCCCAAUAAAACAUUACAUUACAUUAAUAAAUUGAAAAAUUUAAAAUACUGGAGGGAGAAAGAAAACUAGGUUGCAGUUAUUUUAGGUUAUGUGGUGCAGAAUUACACUAGUUGUUUGAUUUUAAUCUGAGGGUCGUCUGAUCAACAAAUAUUGGGUGAAGUAUAUCUUAUUCAUCUUUAAUUUCUCAUUGGUUUGUGUUAUGCAUUUUAUUGAGCAGUUAAUAAUUAAGAAAUAAUUUUGGUGUCUGCAGUUAAAAUGCAAAAAUAAGUUCAUGAAACUAUCUGAAAUCUUCAGAUUUUAUGCUGAUUUCUUUAGGUUAAUGGAAAGUCUGUGUACAUCAGAUUUAUCAGGAAAAAUUAUCAGAUUUUCAAACUGUUAUCUAGUCAUAGGAGGACAUCUAGUAAAAGAUGAUUUGUGGGUCCGAGAUGGAGUAAUUCUUGAUGGAUUGACUGUAUUCUUUUCAGAAAAGGCAGUAGCUGAUAUCUAUGUUGAUUUAAACGGAAGUAUCAUUUCUCCUGGACUUAUAGAUUUGCAAGUUAAUGGUGCAUAUGGAUAUGACUUCUCAAAUCCAAACGAAAACACUAGAGAAAUAUGCUUCGAGGUCGCCAAAAGACUUCCAGAAACAGGAGUUACAGGAUUUUGUCCAACUAUUAUAACAUCACACCAGGAAUCCUAUACAAAACUUAUUUCUGGAUUUCAAGACUAUGAAGACAAAAUAAAUUGCUCUAAAAUGCUGGGGAUCCAUCUCGAAGGUCCGUUCAUCAGCAAAGACUGUGCUGGAAUGCAUCCGACCGAUCUCAUAAAAGAGUUUGGAAGUGAUCCUGUCAAGGCUAUUUCAGAAGUGUACGGUCCAAAUCUUAACAAAGUUAGGAUAGUCACAAUAGCUCCUGAAUUAGAAGGUGCUUCACUUGCAACAGCCCAUUUAGUUUCACAAGGUAUCGUCGUGUCUAUUGGUCAUACAAAUUCUGACGAUAAAUCAGCAGAGUCUGUUUUAUCUUCAGGAGCGACAUUUGUUACUCACCUUUUCAAUGCUAUGUCACAUUUCCAUCAUCGUAAGGCCCAUAUUUUUGGCCAGUUCGCUAGCUGUAAGACACCACUACAUAUCGGUCUUAUUGCUGACUUAAUACAUUCGCACUCAGGUGCCCUCUGCCUGGCACAGUCGAUCUGUCCCAAUCAUGUAACCCUCGUCACUGAUUGCAAUAUAGCAUUUGGACUGCAGGAUGGCAUGUACACAUUUGGUGUACAAAGGAUUCAAGUAGAGGAUAAAAAAGCCUAUGUAGCUGGAACAGAUUGUUUAGCUGGAGGAACUACAUCUUUGUUAACAUGUGUCAGGAAUUUCUGGUUAGAAGUUAUGUACGACAAAACUGAUCCUGAACCUAGCAUUCCUAAAGAAUGGACCGGACUUGGAUAUGCAUUGGCAGCAGCUAGCACAAGACCAGCACGCGUUCUUCGCCUUUACAGUAAAGGUGUAGCUACCAACACUACCACUCCUAAGACACUAUCAAUUUCAGAAUCUCAUUUAGGAAUAGGAGCCUUAGCUCCAGGCUGUUCUGCAGACUUCAUAAUUAUACGACCAAUAACAUGUACAACAAGCUUAAAACCGGAGCUUAAACUGUUGUGUACAUGGAUUAACGGAAAACCUGUUUACCUCACUUUAGAGCAUGAAACCUACAUAAAAAUGAAAUCUUGCAUUUAAACCUAGUAAACAUGACACUAGACAUUUUUAACAUGAUUUUUAAUUUCACCUGGAUUUUUAACACUACUUUGUUUUCUUUAGUUUUUAAUUCACUAGCUCUGUACUAAAUUUAGUAGGUACGAAGGAUAUUCAAAUUUAAAAUGUUUAUCAAAAUAUUGUUCUACUAGCUUACAGAAAUGUACAAUAUAUGAUCAGAUAAGAAUUUUGAAUUUCU